CUCGCCGCGAAUGCCCCCAACGCACCCAAGCGUUCCGCCGUCGAGACUGAACGUGUCGCGCGUUUCAUCACUUGUAAAAACAUCCACAAGUUAUUUUUCAUUGUCACGUCCUGUUCGGUAAUUCAACAUAAAAUAGAUAUAAAUCUUUAAUAUUGUUGCUUGAAAUGCUAGAAAUACAAAAUUCUUUCUGAAAAUACUUCUUGUUAAAUUACAUACAAAAUUAUAUAUCGGAAUAUUUUAAUCGGUGUUUUUAAUUCAAGUUAGUAACGGUUAGGGUCCGCUCAAAAAGCAAUGUCGCAAAAACCUUGCGACAACUCGCUCCAUCUCAAUGAGCCCGAUUGACUCGCGCCUGUGCCAGUUCACCGCGCGUGCCGGAAAAGUUUGUCGGCGGUCAAUUUACCCACCACCGACGCCAACGGCGGUACCCGCUCCAGAAUGGUGAUCAUGACGUCGUGCUGCUGUUGGCGUUCAGUCCGCAAAGGCAGUUACGCCUGCGGCAUUUACACCCUGGUAUAUUUCACGCUGAACUCUGCGACAAUGUCGACGCUACUGCACGAAGACCUGCUAGCGUUGCGGAACCCAAACACAACGACGCGCCACAGCAGCAUAUUGGAACCGAACACCACCUCACUGACGUCGAUGGUCUUCACCGUGAUGCUGUUGGGCAUAUCCUCCGUUGGCAUCCUAACGUCGUUAUUUCUUUUGCUCGGCUUGCACUUGAAUAAAAGGUGGAUGUUUAUUCCAUGGGUAGGAACCGUCAUUCCCUUGAUUAUUGUGGAUCUGACGCAUUGCCUAUAUGUGUUCUUCGAGCACACGCUGAAAUUCAACCCUUUGAACUCGAUACUUUUCACGCUCGACUUCUUCCUGCUAAUUAUAAAUAUUUAUGCCUUGCUGUGUGUAAUAUCGCAAUACCAGGAACUAAAGGAAGGACGAGGACGUCCUGACGGCGACAUAAACAGGAUCCCCAGCAUCCAUUACAGCACUCAGCCAACAGCGACGAGUUUCCUGCGGCGCGCCGCCACCUACAACGAAACGCACGCGUCACCCACCCAGAGUCCCACCGGUACGGGACCCCAUACUUCCAUGGGCACGGAAGAACCGUCCCCGAACAACGCCAACCGUGGACAUCGCAAAUCGGUGAAAUUCCCAGAUCAGGACAGUCCACCGCAUAACAACGGCCGCACGCUGCUCGAACCGUGGAGUAUCGACAUCGUCAAAGCACCACCGUACAAACACCCGGACACCACGCCGCUGAUCGAACCGCCCGUCGUGGUAACAACAACGCCACCGGUAUAGUAACGCACAACAAAUUACACACCGACAACAGUAUUAAGAAUAAAUCCCCGCUGAAAGGCAUAAAUCGACAAAUAUAAAGUGGCACAAAACCACUCUUGGACAAGCACACAUAUGAAUUUAAAUAUUUUGACCAAUCUUAAGGAAAAUUAACUAACAUAAUGUAAACUAAAUCAAAUAUAUCAUAUUGCGGUGUCACCACGGAAUAUGUACACGAUAUGCAAAUGAAUAUGAAUGUUAAAUGAAACGUAAACAAUAAUCUUACACUGAACGUCAAUAUUUCUAUGUUUCACUUGCAUAGAUAGUCGAAAUAUUUAGUAUUUACAAGUAAUAUCUACAAUGUAAAAAUAAUACCGUUCAUCCGCACAACCAUGCGAAUAAGCUAAUGGACACCGUUCCUAAUGGGGGCUGUCCUUUGGUGUUAUUCCUUGUGUGUAUACCAGGAAGGUAUUGACACACGCAAACCAAGUAAAAUGAAAAAUGUUUUGUGCAUUCCACACGGAUUUACGCCCCCAACACUGAUAGGUGCACCGGAUGUUGCGGCUGUAAACCAAACAAUUUGUUUUACACAAAUGGACAAGUGCCUUAGAGCCCCCCAAAAAAGAAAAUGAAAUACACAAAACUUUUUUUAUACGCCUGCGUUUAGGGUUGUUGUUGCGAGAAGCAAAGAUCAUAAUACAAAAAUAAAACAAAUUGUACAUAUACAUAAAUAUAUAUAUAGUAUAUACUUACGUAACCAUGAAAAUUACGUAAUACUAUUGUAACAAAAGAAAUAAAUCAAUCAGAAUACAA